AUGAAUGCACAGGGCUUAUUAGCAUCAGCCGGCAUUAACAUAGGGCUGGCCAUUGUUGUUCUCACUUUCUUCUCCAUCUUUAAGAAGCAGCUCUGCAGCGCCCCUGUUUAUCUACCUAAGAAGCUAGCAACAGGCGGUAUUGGGCCAUUACAAGAAGAGCUGGAAGGGUCAGGGUUUAGCAGGUUCCUUCCUUCUGCUUCUUGGUCCCUUCGAGCUCUUCGACUGUCAGAGGAUGAGUUUCUUCAGACCUGCGGCCUUGAUGCUCUCGUCAUUCUUCGACUUUUCAAACUUGGCAUCAAGCUUUUUACAGCUUGCUCAGCCAUUGGAUUAUUGGUACUUCUCCCUGUCAAUUAUACCAGUGAACAUGAACCAACAAAAACAUUAUCUCAUUCUAUGGAUUCAUUUACUAUGUCCAACAUUGGAAGAGGUUCCAAUAGGUUAUGGGUGCAUUUUUUCUGCCUAUAUUUUAUUUCAUUUUACAGUUACUACCUAUUGUAUCAGGAAUACAAGAACAUCUUGACCAGAAGGAUUGAGUGGCUCAAUAAGGAUUGCUCUCGGCCUGAUCAAUUUACUGUAAUUGUUCGGGAAAUUCCAGUUUGUACGGAACACCAUGAUCUUGGAUGCUGUGUAGACCAUUUUUUCUCUAAACACCAUCCAUUUACAUACCAAUGGCAUAUGAUGGCAUAUGAUGGGCAACACAUUGAGGAGUUGAUGGAGUUGCCAGUUGCAUUUGUAUCGUUCAAGUCUCGUUGGGGGGCAGCCAUUGCUGCACAAACUCAGCAAUAUGUAAAUCCACUUCUUUGGAUCACAGAAAUGGCACCAGAACCUAGGGAUGUAUUAUGGCACAAUUUGGCUAUUCCUUAUGGGAAUUUGGUAUUUCACAAGAUCGGGGUUUCUAUUGCAGCUUCACUACUUACAAUUUUUUUUGCUUUCCCAGUCACUGCUGUUCAGGGGAUAGUUCAACUAGAGAGCAUUAAGAAAUGGUUUCCACCGGUUAGAGCUUUACAAUUGAUACCAGGCUUAGCCUCUAUAGUGACAGGAUAUCUUCCGAGUGUCAUCCUUAACAGCUUCAUUUAUUGCGUUCCCUUUGCCAUGCUUGGGUUAUCAUCUCUAGAAGGUUGCAUGUCAAGAAGCAAAAAGGAGAUCAAAGCAUGCAGCAUGGUGUACUAUUUCUUGGUUGGGAAUGUAUUUUUCUUGAGCUUGCUAUCAGGGUCAUUACUUUAUCAGAUUGGGGAAUCUUUCACACACCCAAGAAGUUUUCCGAGCCGCCUAGCCAGUGCUGUCUCUGCUCAAGCGGAUUUCUUUAUUACCUACAUAUUAACAGAUGGACUCUCUGGUUUCUCGCUGGGAAUUCUUCAGCCUGGUUUAUUGAUCUGGCACCUCAUCACAUCAAAUUCAUUGUGGCGAGGAUCAAAGAAUGAGCCAUAUCUUUUUUCUCUACCCUAUUACAAAGUCCUUCCCACUGUUUCACUUUCUAUAUUGAUUGGUUCAGUGUAUGCCGUCGUUGCACCUUUGCUUCUUCCUUUUCUUAUUGUUUACUUCAUUCUUGGCUACAUGGUGUACCUCAAUCAGAUACAAGAUGUAUAUGCAAUUGUAUAUGAGACAUGCGGACAAUAUUGGCCACAUAUCCAUCAUUAUAUUAUCGUAGCUAUGAUUGUUACACAGAUUACUAUGAUUGGUCUGUUCGGGUUGAAAGCAAAACCGUCAGCAUCAAUUUUAACAGUUCCACUCCUAAUGUUAACCUUGCUGUUUAAUGAGUACUGCAAAAUGCGCUUUCUUCCAGCAUUUUACAAAUACUCCAUUCAGAACUCUAUGGAAAGGGAUGAGGAGGAUGAGAAGGAGGGCGUGUUGCAAAUGAACAGUGAACAUGCUCUUCUUGCAUAUUCCCCACCUUAUCUGCUGCCCUUGAACUUCACAUCACCACAGUCUAGCACCAUCCAACCACUGGUGUCAUCAACGUAG